AUGGAAUCAACCAAUGCCAGAGAUAUAGCUCUUCAGAGAGAACUAGCUAGUCUUAAACGCAUAAAUUCAACUGUGGCGACCUUAUCUGAAACAAUCAAGAAAACAGGCAGUGACAUUGAAUCUGUCAAAUUAGCCAGUGAUAAAUCAUUACAACUAAUAUCAAAAUAUGGAUCUAUACUUCGUAAGGCAUGUUCAGAACAACAGAUACUGGAUGAGAUGGAAGAGUAUGGUUUUGAAGAUCCUGAAGAAGACGAAGAAGAAGAAUUAGAACGACAAAUACUGACGUUAGAUCAAGUUAAUGUGCAAUUAACGGAAGAAUUGGAUAGAUAUAAACAAAAACGAACACAGGGAACAAGUGCUGAUAGAGCAGCAAAAAGACGGAAAGAGCUUGGUUUGGAUUAUUCUCGAACAAGGUAG